AUGUCCAAUGCAACUCAAUCUCAGGCCAACAUAACUAUUGGACUUGGGUUACUGGAGAGAGUGAUGCUUUCCACUCUGACUACAGUACCAUGCUUUAUUUUCUUCUUCAUUAAUGUGAACAUGCUGUUCACCUUGCGGAGCAAACUGGUAUUUCGUGAGACCUCUCGUUACAUUCUUCUCUUUAACCUCGUUUUUGCAGACACUGUGCAGAUGGCAUUGAGCCAGUUACUGUAUAUACUGUCUGUUUGUAAAAUAAUGUUGUCGUAUCCUAUGUGUGGUCUCAUGGUCAUGAUUGCUAAUCUCACAAAUGAAAUCUCUCCUCUCACACUGGUGGUGAUGUCUCUGGAAAGAUAUGUAGCUGUGUGCUACCCACUGAGGCACGCUACCAUCAUCACCAUCAGAAACACAGGGGUGGCCAUCAUUGUGGUUUGGGCCUUUUGUUCACUAAAUGUUCUCACUCGAGUUAUAUUACUGUUACAUUUUCCAUUUGAAGAGCUGGAGAGCCUGCAGAUGAAGGACUUUUGUGGUACACUUGUCAUGUUUCUUGGGCCCUUAUCUGAUGAUUAUGACAAAGCCUACACUUGCUUUGUGUUUAUUUCUGCUACUGUGGCGAUCACUUGCUCCUAUAUUGGUGUGAUGAUAGCAGCCAGGUCAGCCUCUACAGACAAAGCUUCAGCUCAUAAGGCUCGUAACACACUGCUGCUGCAUCUGGUGCAGCUGGGCCUCAGUCUCUCCUCAACCAUGCACAACUCAUUGCUCAUAGCUGUCUCCAAAACUGUUACGAGGACAGUACUUGUGCGCAUCCUGAAUGUUUUUUAUGUUUUUAUUAUCAUGCUCCCCAGGUGUCUGAGUGCUUUAAUCUAUGGGCUCAGAGAUCAGACCAUCAGGCCCGUCCUCUUGUGCCAUUUAUGCUGUUGUUUGAAACUCUCAGUUGUCUCAGCAAAGGCUGGGGUCUCACCAUAA